AUGGAAAAUUACAUUAAUAGUAAUAGUAAUAGUAUUAGCGACAAUGAUAAUAGAGUUAACAAUUUAUUUUUUAAAAUAUUCAGAAAUCAAUAUUUAAGAUCAAUUAUUAACAAACAUAUAAAUUUAUUCAAUUUAAAUAGUUGUUUAGUUGUAGUAAAAACAAGGGAGGAAUUAAUAAACCACCCAUACUGGAGCUAUAUUACAAAUUUACAUAUCAACUAUCAAGAUUAUAGACGAAUAGUAACUACAGCUAGAGCUACCUAUAAGAUCAAAGAGCUAAUAGAAAAAAAUAGAGAACCAUUCCAAGAUCUUUUAGCAGGCGAUCUACCUUUGUUUUUAGAAAAAUUAAAAUUUGGUGAUUUAUUAAAUAGAGAAAUUGCAAUAGAUGUCAUUCCGCAAAGUGUAAAGUCUAUAGAGUUUGGGUCAAUCUUUGAUCAAACCUUUCAGCCUGGGGUAUUGCCAUUGGGUAUUGAAAAGCUAGUACUAAAAGGAAGAUAUAACAAACCAUUCAAACCAUUGUGCCUACCUGAGUCGCUUAGAAUAUUACAAAUUACUGGUGACUAUGACCAACAUUUUACCAAAAACUCUCUUCCAAAUUCAUUAGAGCAGCUAAAAAUAGUUGGUAAAUUCAACAGACCAAUCGAACCCUAUACGUUACCGCAAUCAUUGAAGACUCUGGCACUUGGAACAGCAUAUUCAGAUUUUAACCAACCAUUAUCAAAAGAUAGCUUACCAGAUUCAAUUCAAACUUUAACAAUUGGAGACCGUUUUAAUAAAACUAUCAAAUCAGAAGCACCAUUUUCAAUUAAAAAACUUUCACUUGGAAAUCAAACCUUAGUUAAAGGAUCUUUACCAGCCACUCUUACCGAUCUUACAUUCAACCAUCAACAUUAUAAUAAAAUAUCACCCAAUGUUGAUACUUUUCCUAAAUCUCUCACCUCUAUCGAAUUUUCUGAAUCGUUUAAUGAACCUUUACUGCCCGAUAUUCUACCUCCUUCAUUAACCCGUGUUUGUUUUGGAAGGAAUUUCGACCAGCCCUUUACUUUGGGUGUUCUACCACAAGGUCUUAAAAAAAUGGUACUUGGUGAUGGGUACAAACAUUCAAUCCCACCAGGCUCUAUUCCACUCUCAGUAACCAAAAUCAAAUUCUCUGAGCAAUGUAGAGCACCAUUUCAAAUCGGUUCAAUCCCUAAAUCAGUUAAAACCCUAAGUUUAGGUAGAUCAACCAUCACCCAAGGUAUCAUUCCAAAUAGUGUAACAAAAUUAUUCAUCUACAAUAUUACAGAAAACAUUGAACCCAAUUUGAUACCAUCAUCAGUUAAAAUCCUUUCUUUUGGUUUUUUAUUUAAGGAAACUCUGCCCAAAGGCUUCAUUCCUUCAAGUGUGGAAAAACUAAGUUUUGACAAUUAUGGCGAUUUAAUGUUUUUAGACGAAUCUAUUCCAAAUAGUGUUACUGAUUUAACUAUAAGUAAUUCCAAAAUAUCCAAUGGUACAAUUCCAAAUUCUGUUAAAAAGCUUUGCCUUAGCCACUCAUUUCGACAUCAACUUGUUGUUGGAUGUAUCCCAUCUAGUGUAACCGAACUCACUUUGGGCUUUUUCUAUUCCCAUCCAAUAGAACCCCAUGUAUUACCAUCCUCACUUCAAAAGCUAACACUAGGCAAUGAAUUUAAGCAUUCAUUGAUUCAAGAUAAUGUUUUACCAGACUCUUUAAAAUAUCUAAAAUUUCAUAAAGCUUCACCGUUCGACCCUAAACUUUUGUCCGAUUCAACUUUAUUAUUUUGUACAGUGGCCGUAAAAGAAGAAAAUAAUAUUUUUCAAUAUAACUCUAUCCAAUAA